AUGGCGCCAAGGAGAAGCACAAGAAUUGCUACUAGCGGAUCGGCAAUUGCGCCAACCCACCACCACAAUCUUAGGAAGCGAAAAGCCCAAGGCUCAAAUGAGGCAGAUCGACUCAAACGAAAGAAGAAAGCACCGAUUAGAAAUACCAAUGGCCGUACAAAGAGCCAUGCUGUCGCGAAUAAUGGGCGCGUCUCUGGACAACCAGCUCCAGAAGAUGCCUUGUCCGUUCUUCCAGCAGAGAUUCAGCAAAACAUUCUGGCCAAUGUAAACGACACAAAAAGUAUGAUUAACUUGGCUAGCACCUCCAAACGCUACUACGCCGUCGCCAUGGCUAUUAUUCACAACCACAUUGCUGUCCAAGUACGCUACUAUGCCCACAUCCCCAAAGUCAUCAGGCUGCUUGAACCUCAUCUGAGUAUCAUUCAGAAAAAGCAGUUGAAAAAAGUGGGGAAAUAUAAAGGCCGUCAAGAGAGAUUUUCCAGUCGCCUAGAUCAGGACGCUGUUCCAGGCUGCGCGCAAGAUGUCCGACAGAUGACUAUCGGCAGUAUCGAUCCGGGGAAGAGGCAUAAGAGCUUUGUACUGAGGACGCUGGAGGAAGUGUUGAAGAACCUGACUAAUCUUGAGGUAUUGGAUACGAUGGAGUUGACGGCAUCGAUGGCAUCCAGUAUUCUUGCACUAAAACAUCUCAAAGCGUUGCGCAUAUGGGGCCCCUUCAUCAACAUCGCCUCUCUGUCGCAGCUGCGGGACCUGAAACAUUUGUCCCUCAGAAGCAUGAGUUCUUGCUUCAGGUCUUUCACCAGGGAGAAAACCCUCAAAUCCUUCGUAUUGAACUCGUCCUCGACCUUGGAAAGCUUGGAAAUCCAUUCAACACGGUGGCCAUUAAACAUCGAUAACGUCAGAGAGGAUGGAACUUUGGCGGCCAAUAAAGAUUCCAUGAACGAGUCACCUAUUUUUACCGCACUCAAGUCGCUCAGCCUUAACAGUCCCUCAUCGGAACGUGAUGGCGAAACUUGCCUGUCCAACAUUUUCCGUUCCGUCAACUUCUUGCAGCUGCGGAAGCUUGAGAUGAUGCAAUUGGAAGAAGGGAAAUUGACCUUCUUCAAGUCUCUGGAGGAUUUGUUCAACACGGCUGACGAGGGCACUAUUCAGCUACGACAUCUCGUGUUGGAUAUGGACGCUGAACAACCGAACUUUCUGGCAUCUGAAGUACAUUUGGAGGGUAUAUACAGAUUCAUAGCAUCGUUCGACACCCUAACCUCUCUCGAGAUCCACAACCAUAACACAUUCAAGGACAACCUCCUCAACAAUCCUGACAUAUCGCGCCGACUACAGCAGGUCAUAGCCAUGCACAAGGGCCUUGAAUCACUGCGCUUUCGAUAUACAAGAACCGCUACAUCAUACGCUUCAGUCGAUACCCUCAGAGUCUUGACAAAGAAUUUACCCCAGCUGCGAGUACUUGAAAUCCCCCUAGAAGAGAAAGAUUUUGAUGGAAUGGCACGAUCGAUAUUACGUGCUAGAAAUCUCGAAACCCUGAUCUGCUCGUCGUUUAACAGUUGGAACUAUCGUGUCAACAACGCGAUUAUCACGUUUCGCGAAAAGUUGGUAGGAAGCCUCUUACACAUUGCUGAGGACAAUGAAGAAUUCAUUUGGGAGAGAGUAUAUCGUCUAAAACAUAUAACUCUCGCCUACCGCAAGUUCACCAUUGGCUCCGAUUUAGAACUGACGAACAUGGCGUAUCUCGAGAGGAUCAGCAGAGAUGAUAAAUCGGUCUGGGUUCAAGACAAGCGUAUCAUGGUAAGGUCGAAGCAAUGCUAUUACACACCAUCGAGUGAGUGGGCGAGUCAAAUCAUGACGUCGGUCUAA